UAUCUUGCGACGCAGUGGUUGGCUUGGCAACGGCAAUUGACGACUUUCCCCCCUUAAGAAUCUGUAAACAAAGCAUUUGUUGUGUUCUGUUAUAGAAAAACCAGAAAGCCUCGGAGACUAUAACCUUUUCUGUGCGAUGAUUGAGUCGUCUUUAACUUCUUUAGGUGCGAAAGUUGUCCUCGUUGCAUCCAGCGAUGAAAAUCACCCACCAGAAAACAUUAUCGACGGAAACACUAAAACGUUUUGGAUGUCCACUGGGAUGUUUCCUCAAGAGUUCAUCAUUCACUUCCCUGAACCUACAAACAUUGGCACUGUGACAGUGGACAGCUACAAUGUGAAGCACCUGAAAAUAGAAAAAAACACCUCACAAAAUGCUUCUCAAUUUGAGCCUGUUGCAGAGAAAGAGUUUGAAAGUACAGAGGGACAUCUUCAGUCAAAUGCUAUAACACUAAAUGGAUGCAGUGCCACCCACCUUCGUUUCAUCAUCACCGCGGGAUAUGAUCACUUUGUCUCAGUUCACAGAGUCAGUGUAAAAAAUUAACACACAUAAUUAAAAUUAUUGUGUGUAUAACAUUUACGAGGUGUGAUCAUAAAGUUAUGCGGCGAACCCAUAAAAAUCAAAAACCAUACUUUAUUUAAAUUUGGCCUGACUUGAAUUUAAUUUUGGUUACACAUUUGGUUUAGCCUAGAAUGUACUCAGUUGGGAACCUGGAUAGCUGGAGACCCAAGAGCUGAGUAGUUAUUCCUGUUAUACUUCUUUAACAAGUCUGUGUGGUCACAAGAAUAAAAAAAAACAAGGCAGACAUUAAAACAUCCAGACAGACCCUCUAACCAUCUGAUGACAAAAUUUACGUCACUCGGACCCUAGCGGACUCGUGGAUACAGAAUGUAUAAAGCAGAAUUUAUUUUUCAGCAGAGGUAGCGCGUUUGCAGUCUGGUGAUGGCGAGCUCUGUUGUCAAGUAUGUAGUACAGGCAGUCUGUAAGCCCCUCUUGCUUGUGUUGUUGUUGGUCAGUCAGCCAGCUGCGGAAAAGAGCAAAGUUCUAAAAACAGUGAAAAGUGUCCGCUGCACCGAUUGUCUGUAGUUUUUGAUCUUUGAAGUUUAUUUCAUGGUUUCUCCUGUUCCUGUUGAACUCCACCUUACCUAUUCUAGCCCACCUCUGGUUAUAGAACUUCACAUUGACUGCUUGAGUGCUGGCUCAGAUCCAGAAGUGCACAAAAAGAUGACCUUGAAGUCAUCGAUACUGAAAUUUGAAGUGAAAUCAGGCAUACUUUUUAUUUUCAUGGGAGUUGUGUAACGUUGUGAGCUCAUCACAUGUAUAAAAAUAAUACGCCCAUUUCUUUUUUUUCAUAAACAUAUACAGUCAGGUCCAUAAAUAUUUGGACAGAGAUGACUUUAUUCUGAUUGUGAUUGUGUACAUUACCACAAUGAAUUUUAAAUGAAAAUACUCAGAUGCAGUUGAAGUGCAGACUUUCAGCUUUAAUUCAUUGCUUAAAAAUGUGAGCAACUAAAGUGUUUUUUUUUUAAAAAAACAAAACAAACUCAAUCUCUUCGUUCCAGGGGCUCAAAAGUCGUUGGUCAAAUUAAAUAACUGAAAAUAAAAGGUUCAUUUCUAAUACUUUGCUGACAAUGACAGCUUGAAGUCUUAAACUCAUGGACAUCAGCAGAUGCUGGGUUUCCUCCUUUUUAAUACUGUGCCAGUCCUUUACUGCAGCAGCUUUCAGUUGCUGUUUGUUUGUGGGCCAUUAUCCACAUCUCCAUGUGGAUAAUGUGGAUACCCUCAAAUGAAGGUGGAGAGUCUCCACAUUAUGUCCGUGUCCAUUACAGAACUAUAACUGGAAUAUGUUUCUGUAAACGGGUAAAAAAACAACACUUGUAUCAGUGGCCAAAUAUAUAUGGACCUAACUGCAUGACUUUGUGGUAUUUCAUUUUUAAUUAAACAAUAAUAAAAACAAAACCAUACACACAUGCAUUAUUUGACAUAGCUGGGGAACUAUGAAUCUUCCUGGGAUACGUUUGAUAGAGAAAACAUUUGAAUGCAUUUUUAAGCCUGCCUUAUGAUUAGGACAUUUGUGUCAAUUCAUUUUCACAGUUUUUGCUUAUUUAAUGUUAUGGAUUCACUAAUGGGCCUUAUUUUAAAUCCUCCAUUCGACUGUUCCUGCCUAUUUCACAAGCUGAUAAUAGGCAAAGCCUUGGAAUAAAAGAGCCGGAUGGUGAUGAAUGGUAGAAUUACUUACAAAGGAAGUUUCUCUCUCUGUGUGAGAGAUAGAAUUAAUUAAGUAAUUUUGAGCAGCAGGGGCUUAAAUUGGAAUCCAUACAGCCCGCCCACCACCCAUCCCCAUCCUCACGAACAGAAUUUGACAUUGCCACAGACAUUUAUAACCAUGGGCAACCUUGCUGGGGGGUUGGGGGACCAGAUGGUUUCCCAGCCAACGAGUGAGUGUCUAAAGACUCCAGGCCUGUUCACACAAAAUAUUCAAGCCACCUCUUCUACUUACUGUAUAUAUCCUUUACACACACACAGUAACGCUUCCUCAUAAACACUCAUAAACCUAUCUACCUCAGCUGCCAUUUCAACAUGUCGGUAGCAAAGGCUUCAGCAGUAUGUGAGGACCCUUUGGGACUCCCUCCCCAAUUACUUUUCUGACUGCACGAGGCUUGGGGAUUUGCAGAGCCUGUGUUUGUUAUAGCUUGGUCUGCAUGCAGGGCCCUGAAUAAACCAAUAAAAAUAUGAAAUAGUUGCCUGAAUAACUGGCCUCCUGAUAGUUUAGAGCAACUAAUUGCUUAGGGGUAUAGUUCGGAUGGAGCACAUUUGAGUAUGUGAGUGUGUAAUGAGGCCAAGGCAGAAACUGAUACGGUGUUAUUGACUCUUCUAUUAUUUACCAGUAUGGAAUAUUUAUUAUAUUUUUGAAAGUCAGGUUUGGACCGUGAAAUGCAGUGCUUCAGAGUCAUAGGAGUACAUUUUUCCCUCCUCGGUAGUUCAGGUGUGAAUUUUAAUUCACAUGUUUGCUUUAAAAAUGUAACCAAAGAGCCUCGCUUUGCAUGUUGAACAGGUCUGAAAAAGCUCCUCUGUGUUAUUAAUGAAUUCAGGCCCUUUUGUGCUUGACUAUCAGCCGAUCAGAAGAAACACAGCAGGAUAUGAGUGCAUUAUUAUCAUGUCACUGCAGGGUAGGGCUAAAUUAUCACCCAGUCUACUGAUGGCUGUCUAACUGCUGUUCAGUCAUACUCAGACAUCUGCUAGACCAGAACUCUGUAUGUUCAGCUGAGUCUAUAAAAAGAGAUCGGAUCCUCCCUGAAAACCCCUGUUCAGUAGAUGAUACAGCUGACAGAGGUCGAUAUUUGUAAAAUUAUUAAAAGCCCACAAUAAAUAUGUAUGCAUGCAAUAUAUUUUUCAGUUAAUUAUCAGUUAAAACACAUUAAAAUGGCUACGUUUCAAAAUCACAGGAAAAACAUUGCAUUUUUUUAUUGCAAUUGUGUAAAUAUAGUUGAUGUUUUGUAUGUGGUUAUUUUGAGGAAGAAAUCCGCCACCCACCCCAGCUCUGUUAUUUUCUUUCACCAGCGACUCUGAGUUUCUUGUUAUCUCUUCAGUGUGGUCCUCCAUUCACGUUGGUGACGAAGCCACGCGCACUGACAAUGGGCCUUAAUUUGAUUUCAGUUCUGAUUUGGUCUCAUCAGCUCAUUUAUGACAGAAGCUGAGACACAACGAGCUGUUGUGAAAGGAAGGAAGUGGUAUCAAAAGGCCGAAAUUAGCUGAUUAGAUGGGAGAGGGAAACAAUCUUCCUAUUAUUUAAGUCCAACAGGAAUGGAGAAUGAUAGUGAAGAACUGACACUCAUAUUUAUUUAUGAGUUUAAUUCUAGCAAUUGCUCAUCAAAUCCACCCUCAUGCAAUUCAGUUGAGAAACAUAUUAAAAGAUAGUUGUAGUAAUGAUUAAAAACAGGCAUAAUGGGAAUUGGUGCUGCUUCUUUGGGAGAUGGAGAAAGCUCUUUAAUCUGUUUUCUGGCAAAAUUAGUCUCACUAAACCGGUUUCCAAAGAAGCUGCCAGUGUGUGUAUAACAAAGAAAGAAAGAAAAAAUCCAGCUCACAUCUGAUGUAAUGUGCUGUCGUGAUGCAAACCAGAAUGCAGUAUUGGGCCUCUCUGCAACUCCUACUGACCUUGCAGUGGCUGUCCCUUACCCCUACACCAGCCUGGGGGUGUGAAAAAGCUUUUGUACACUAUGCUGAUCCACCUGUCUCCAUGCUGUCAGGCUGAGAAAAAGAAGAGCUGUCAGAUACAGGGCUAGCCACUGAAAGCACCUAGCGAGCAUAGUACUCCUCAGACAUCUCAACCAUGAGAUUAUUGAGUGGCUCCUCAGUGCCUUUGCUACGUAGCAGGACUUCAUAAAUUACUGUCAAAAACCAGAAUCAUAUUUAAAGCAUGGAUUUUCAGCCUAAACUAUAGAUGUGUUACAUAAUAAAUAUUGGGGCAGUGGGACUUCUGCUUCAUAUUUAAAGAGUUAAUUUAACCCUUUAAACCCAAGAAAACCCACAGGUUUUUGUGACCUUAUGAGACUUCUACAUUAUUAAUGUAUCAGAUUAAAAGUUCCAGAGAUGGUGGAUCAAUGCUUGUAAGCGCGGGAACAGGAAGAAAACCUCUAUUUACUGGCCAUGAUCUUCAGACAUGAAUAUGGACACAAUUCUGUAAUAGAAAAUUACUACAAGGACAAAGAGCAAUUCCAGAAACCAUCAUCAGUGAGCACAAUUGUGGCUUCAUCCAGAAAUGCGAGUUUAAACUCUUCCAUGGUGCCAGCCAGACAACAUCUGUGAGACAGCGCUAAACCUUUCUGCAUGUAUUACAACAGCAUGGCUCCAUAGUAAAAGAAUACAGGGGCUAAAUUAGCCUGUCUACAAACCAGACAGUCAGCCACUAAAAACAUUUGGUGCAUUAUGGAAUAAAAGCCAAUAAACCAGGCUCCCAAACUGUUGAGCAAGGAAAUUCAUUGAUCUAAAGCCUAAAUGGAAAAACCCUGUGCUUUCAACACUACAUCAGUUUGCCUCCUCAGUUUCCAAAUAGAAACAGCUUAGACAAAAGCACUGGAGUGCUGAACUUCUCUAGACAUUACACAGCAAAAAAGCACGAGAAAACGCAGUCAGACUGAAGAUUAAACAGUCUUUUACCUGCAAGAUCCUAAUGCUUCUACGUGAGAAUCAGGCAGGUAGUAUAUGUCUGUUAAAGUCAAAGGAAGUACGCUUUUUCUCCUGCAUGCUCUAUCCAGCUGUCACCCUUGCCUAAACCAAGGGCGUGUCUUCAUGUCUGCUACAUUUGAAAAAGGGCAACUCAGAACAAUGAUCAGACCUGAUUCUCCCAACGUUUUAGUUUAGUUCAGUUGAAAACAUUGCCGUUCUGUUUUUAUUUCAAUUUCACAGCAUUGGAAACACUGAAAUAUCUUUGUAGAAGCAAAAGUCAAUUUUGAAUAAUCUUGAUUUCAAAAUAGAGCACAAGAAUUUUGUCAAAAUUACAAGUUGUGAUGCACAAAAGGCAACCAUUUGCAACAUGUUUGAUUUUCUUUGCUAAUCAGCUAUGUUCAUACUAACCCAGGAUGAGUUAGUAAAGAUUUUUGUCCAUGAUAUGCAAGUUGCUCUUUGGCUGAUUGAUUUAUUUUUGAAAAUGGGGUUUCGAGCAUCUUCUUAAAACCAUUAUCAUAGCUGCAAUGUCCACCAUCCUUUUGUUACUUUCCUUGUUUCACCAGUUUCUGUGCCUAGGCUUAGAGUAAGUAAGUAAGUACUUUGUAUUGAGUGCCUACUGGUUACAGCCACCCAGCUUAGAUUCCACUUAGUCUGUCUGCCUCCAAAUCUUUCCUGACCUGCAGGUAGAAUCAUAUAUUCUGCCUCACUGUCUGUCUAUGUUAGUGUUGAGCUUGGUGGAAUAGUUAAACUUUUGCUUCACAAACUACUUUGCCCUUGUGGGAAGUGGAAUAGCUCCAGAAUAUUAGAGCCAAAUGGCUGGGACUGUAGCUAGGAAGGAUUGUUUGCCUCCAGUGGGAGCAUCGCCAGCGUACUUUUUCGCAAAGUUAGAUGAACGGUUUAGAUAGACAUUACUGGAAAAUCGCCCCUUUUUUAAACUUCUAAAAUAUUUGCUUUUAUUGUAGAUUAUCCAGCUCCCUUCAAUCUGUCUCCUUCUCACAGAGCACAAAAUAGAUGCCAACGUUUACACUUGGUGUCUGUUAGAGGUCUAUAUUGUACUUCAUUAAGUUCUGGAAAAAUAUGGGUGGGGUGCGGGCUGAGAUGCCACUGGAGAUCAUCCAUUGGAUCUUUAAGGUGUAGUAAUUUGCCGUGCAUGUGGCUGCCACAUAUGAGGUAAUGUUGUAGGUCUCUUACCUGUUUCCUAACAGGAAACUCCCAAGGCCUAACAAAAAGCAGCUUUUAACUAAAGGAGCAGGAGCCCUCAUCACUGCUUCCUUUGGCCCACAAAAAUACCCUCAGCAAAUGAGAAGACCGGAUAAGCAGCGGCUGAAAAUAAUGAAGAACAGACACACAUACACAGUCCUUCUUUUAUCAGAGAGAUGCACAGUGAACAUUUUUAAUCCCUGCUUGUGUUUGUAGAAUUGGUUGUAGUAAACAAAUUUGAACAAUUACAUUUAAAAAUACAUAUGUGUUCAGUGGACUGAUGUAUACAUGAUAACAGGACUCUAUGUGACUUCUUUUCAGCAAAGUUUAUCAGUGUAAAUUUGCUAAUCGCGCAAGUGAACUUUAAAGAGCUAGAUGUAUUAGUGCCACUGUUGUCUGUUUGUAUAUAGACCUCUCAUUAUACUGCAGAAGACUCACAAUGCAUGGCAGCUUAACAUGACUUCAUUAUGUAUUUUGCGGAUUUCUUUUGUUACACCGGUGUCUCUAGAAAAUAGCCACGAUUUAUAAUUGUGUAUAGUUUUUGAAAUGACUAAUAAAAAAUGCUUAAACUACAUUCCAUGCUCAAUCCCAUUACGAAUACAACAUGUGGGAGCGUAACAGUGAGAUGGAUUAAUUAAGCAAAUUAAAAGGAAGAAGCCCAGACUCACAGUAGAUGAUAUCUUUGUCAUUUGGUCAUGCUGGGAGAGACAGAUGUUAAGCAGCUACCAUGCUUAUUGUGCAUUGCCAUCAGACAUUAAUCAUGAAGGAAAUAAGUCAGCUGAACAUUAAGUGAUCCUGUUAGACAGAAAAACAAACAAUCCCCCCCCGAAUAUUAAAUAAUUUAGUAUUUACUUUUAAACAAGUGAUAACACUGUCAUCACCAAAAGCUAUUCCGUCAAAUAACUCUUUAAGCACACUAAUUAGCAGUGAAUGAACUCCAGUUGGGACGUUGCCUGAGACACAGAGACAGAUAAUUUUCUACGGCUGAAAAAAGCAGUCAGUUUUCAAAUCUCUGUGGCAAUAACAUCGUCAUAAGUUUGUAACCCUGAGCUGUAGGCGACAUCCAUGCUUAGCUCUGUCCGGCUCUCCAGUUCUGCUGUCAGCUCCUUCAGGAUCCUUUCCAGGUCGUGGUUCUUCCUGUGCAUCUGCAGGUAGUUGAUCUGGAGCUGUUUCUGAUACCUUAUAACUCUGUCUUUCUCCUUGUUCCACGUCUGCCUCUCCUGUUCAAAGCUGCUGGCUAGCCUCUUUUGAGCAUUCUUCUCCUCCCGUAGCUGCUGCUUAAGUCUGUCCACCUCUCUUUGGAGGGAUUCUGUGGAGGUGUGCUCAUUGUUCUCUCCCUCUCGCCCCUGGUCUGUGGAUUCUGAACCUUGGCUUUCUGUCUGAGACGGGGAAUGGGUUCUGACUUGCAAACUGUGCUGCAGCCUUUGCUCUUUGGCAGUGACUAGAUCCUGUUUCAUUCCUUGAAUGUCUUUCUCCAGUUUGCCCACUUUCUCCCUCAGAAGAUCUGCCUCAUUCUUUUUGCGCUGGAGUUCAUUUUGGCACACCUGAAUUAAAAACGGAAAAUGGUCAGAACCUAGGCAGCAAUUAUAAGACUGUUGUGAGGGAUGUAACAGGCUCUAAUUAUACAAAGUGCCAAAUAAGCUCACUUUUUAGGACUGUAAUUAAGUGUGCUAAAACAUGGAAAUUGAAAACACUUUACUCAACAUGCGGCAGUCAAAUAUAGCACAUGAUUGCAGGGAUCCUUCCAAGCUAUUGUCAUAUGAGCAUUGUGUGAGCAUUUUAUGCACAUGUCCGUGUCUCAUCUCUGCAGUGGUGUAAACUGCAAUCAGCAGACUAACCUCAAUGUCUAUGGUGCGGGAGUGAAGACUGUCCUCGUGGUUUUUGUUCUGUUUCUCCAGAAUCUCCAUUUUUGCUGUUUUUUCCUUCAGCAAUGCCCUGAGGCCGACUAUCUCAUUCAGCUUGUGGCUGACAUCCGCUUGACACUCUCUUAGCUGCUGCUUCAACAGUGAGAUCUCUCCUGUCUUUUGGCACACCUACAUUCAGACAAAAGACAAUUAUGAAGAUGAAACUGAAUUAUCCUCUGUAAAGUAGGCAGUUAGGGAAACGUAAACAACUGCUUAGCCUCAUGCUGUUUUAAUAUUGAAUUGCCCCUUAAUGUGUCUUUUUGCGGGUGUAUUCGCCUCAAGAUAGCAUAUACCCACAGCAUUAUGGAUUCAACUGUAAAUUUUGUUUUACAAUUAGUCUUAUAAAAAUCUAUAAAAUUAGCACAGAAACUGUGAAAAAAAACAUUAAUACAUUUCUCUGCCAGGAAUGAUUGUACGCAUGAAAAGCAACACUUUCACGUGCCAAAGAUUAACUGUAAAAUAGAUAGUUAAUAAAUAAGCUAAUAAAAUUCUGGACUCCUUGUAGCUAUUUUUUUUCUUCAUCUUAAAUUGUUAAAGGCUUGUGUUCAAGAGCUGUGUUCUCUAAGCUUAGUUUAUCAGAGCAGAUUCUUGCUGCUGAUAAAUGUUAGUGAGGGGUCUGGCGAGACUAAAUCAGAUUAGUGCAGCAACCAAACAAUGAGGUGAAAGGUGCUGAAAAGCUUCUUGGAGUUGGAGUUGAAGGGAGCUGCAGAGUUGGUGAUAAUUCCCUUGGCAGCCUCUUUGAUUGUAUAUAUAGAUCAUAUAUAUAGAAAAUCAAUCAGCAUUUCUCCCAAAUUCUUAGGAGUUAAGUUUGCAGCUACUCACAAUAUAAACGUAUCAAUAUGCACUACACUGAAUGCAGUGCAAGUGGCUUUCAGUUCAAUUCAAGUCAAUUCUUAUAAGUGAUAAUGAAAAAGCAUAAAACAUAGAAGAUAUUCAAAUGUUUUCUCUGGUGAUGGAAGGAUAGCUGGUAUCCCACUUCAGCUCUAUAUUGUAUUACACUGUUUUUCAUGCUACAAGCUUUCAUGUCUAACUUACAGUAUAUCACAUAUAUAACCCAUGACUUACCUCCCACUGAGUUUCCUCGAGGGUCGGUGCUAGCUGUGUGCUCUCUGCCUCAUAAGCCUUUAGUCUGAGCUCAAUAAGCUCCUUCUCCCGAGUUAGCUUAGAGAAGUCUUCCUGAAGCCUUUCCUUCUCUGCCUGCACGAGAAUUUAUUUUUCCUUUCAAUUAUUCAAGUGGUCAAGUGUUACAUGAAAUAUGGUUGGUAGGAUAAAGAUGACCCAGGAAUACGUGGUUUUAAAUAAAGGCAGACGAGGGCUGACCUGGAGCUGGCUGACUUGCAGCUGGAGUGCUUGCUGUGUUUUUGCAGCCAUUUGGGACGCUUGGCGUAGCUUUGUGGAGCAUCGCUGCUUCAGCCCUUCCAUCUCUUCAGCACAGUACCUUUGUCUUUCCUCAAACAGCUGGCAGGUGUCUGUUUCCUUCUCCUCAAAACUCACCUGUUGCAAAGUGAAAGGCCUAAUUACUAAGGAGUGUUCAUUUUCAUCGUGAUUAAGAGCACAUGCUGGUUUUUAUUUUUUAUUAACCUCUACUUUUUGUUCACGUGACAGUUCUGUACCUGCAGCUCCUGUAGUUCACUUUCUCUCUCCAGCAGCUUUUGUUCCAAGCGUUCAAUCAGUGACUCAUCUGUAGUUAUGGGAGACCGAAUCCCACCUGCAGUCUCAGAGAGAGCGCUUGGCUCAUCUGCAGAGAGUGGGGAGCCGGCGUCCUCAUUAGCCUUAGAUACCAACCCACUGCUGUUUAAAUCAGCACCGUAACUACAGUCAAGGUUAGCGCUAUUCCCGUUGACCCAUGGAGAGAAAUUGGGUUGUACUCCCUCGCUGAGGCUAUUUGCAGGAGCGGAGCUGCCAUCGCUGUGACUGACAGGGCCUGUGGAAGCACUUAGGCUGCCGCUGGUGCUGUGGGUGGGAAGGCUAGACAUGGAGUUGCGUCCAGAGUCGGACAGAGUGCCUGAGGGGAAAGAGAUAACAUCGGGUACGUUCGUUUAAUUUUUCAUUCAACCCAAGCAAAAUGUAUUUUAAAGCAUCAAUCCAUGCGUGAAAUAUAGACGAAAACCUGAAGUGUCCCGCUUGUCUCUAAUAUUUGGAUUGCUUGCUUUCUUCAGAGGACAAAGGAUGUGGUCCAGGCUGUUGUGGCCUGUCUCUGUGGAUGAAGUCCUUGUGGGAUUUACGCACUUGAAGGCAGUGGAACGGACCGAUGACUUCUCAGCAGAAGUCUAGAAGAGUGAAAUGGCACACAGUCAGGGCUCUUCUUCCCUACUUUUGUAUUUAUAUUCACUGGGUUCCUCUUAGUUAACAUCACAGCCAAAAGCAAGUCCUUUUUCACAGAAGUAUAAAGGGCUGAGGAUGAGUCACAUUCUUAAACUUAAAAAUCAUAAUGACUGGCUUUACAUAGAUAAAUAUUGUCACAUGCUGGAAGUCCGUACAAAUGAAAGGGAUAGAUUUUUUUGUGUCUGUCUUUUCAUAUUAGAAAUAGAACCACUGAAGCGUGCAGAAUUGCUUCUCUACAAACUGCCGGUAUUAAAAGACACACAGCAGUAGUUGCAAGUAAAAUUCACCAGACUGUCAAAAAAGGGAAAACUCAUUUCAAAGAUGAACUUAUACUCCACAUGCCCCAUCUGGGCUGUCCAAGAAUGUCACAAGCAGUGCCAUACCUUCGCUUCUUUCUGUCCUCUUUUCCUUCCUUCUGCAUCCCAUAUCUCUCCUCCAUGUGCUGUCUGAGGGAAGAUGAAUAGCCCUUUUCAGUGAUAUUAAUAAUAUGAGCUAUUGCUGAAGUGUAAGAGGUAAAGCUUGUGAACUCAGCAUUCUUUCACACUGACUUCAUGGCUGGGAUGCCUUUCCUUAUGUUUUUUUCUUUCUAUCUCUCAAAUUCUCUUUGGCCCUUGAUCCCUCGCUUUAUUUUUUAUUUUUCCUUAGUCUGUGCUGUCUACUUAAAUCCCACCCUUCCUCCUCCUCAAGGUAGCCAAGCCCCAUUCAUGAGGCCUAAAAACCUAUAGAAGACGAUGCUGUUUGCUUUGGUAUUCUUGGCACAGAGAAGACUUUUCUGAAAAGAUCAAGGCACCCUUAGGUCAUUAAUCUGGGAGGGAGUGAUUAAUAAGCUGGGAAGGUCCUACACAGGUUAUGAGGAAUAGCUGCUACUUAUUAAACUACCUGCUGUGCAUGUUUUAUCCUCCACUUCGCUGUGAGGUUGUUAAAGUCUAUUUCAGCUACUCAGCAUGACUUCUUAAUGGUUGUCAGGAUAACCAUAGCAACUGUUCCAGUUAAGGAAAGCACAGUGAAGCUACAUUUUUUAUAAGGGCAUGAAAAUACAGUACAUCAUGAUCUCAAUUAAUAUCUAAAUGUAUUACUUUAAACUUAUUUGCCUGAUGUUGUGGGUUGUCAAAGAUGAACGCAGCAGCAUCUAGGAUUGGAAACUAAAGACAUAUGAAACUGUGUUAGAGUUUAAUUCUUUUUUAUGAUGGCCAACAGCAAGGGGGUCUCUUUUUGAGAAACAAAAGCAGACUGGGCAAAAGUCAAAUCCAGUCUUUGCUUGUGACGUUGCCUGCUUGGACUUGAUAAACCAUAUACUGACAUCACAAUGGCUCCAUGCAUCUUCCACACAGGAGCCUAUGACAUAUACAGUCAUGUAUAAAAUUAAGUUUUUCACAGGACUCUAUGCAGUCUACGUAAACCCUUACUGCUUCUGUAGGAAUUAUGAGAGUAAUUAGCAGUCAGGUGAUGCUAAUGAAAUAUACUCUGUUAAUUUACCAUCAGCUCAAGUGUGGGUACCUCUAUAAAAGCAGAAUUUUUAGUGUAAAUGCUCCAGAACAGCAAGUAUCAGCAAUGAUCUCAGUAAAACUAUUUUUGUUGCCCAUCUUUAUGGUUAUAUGGUCUAUGGAUAUAAGGCCACAAUCUGAAGUCUGUCAUUAUACAGUGAGAAAGAUUAUUUACAAGUGCAAAACAUUCAGGACAACUGUUGGUCGUAACAGGAGCGGAGGAGGAGGAACAGGAGAGGAUCUUCCACCUCCAGGUCAAAAUGUUUGGCCAUAAUGCACAGCAUUAUGUUUGUUGAAAACAGAACACAACAUUUCAGCCCAAACACCUCAUAAGAUCUGUUAAACACAGUGGUGGAGGGCUCAUUAUUAGGGCUUCUUUCUUUUGUUCUUUUUCUUCAGUAAUUGAGGGCAUGCAACAGGAAAAUGACCCCAAGCACGGCAGCAACUUUUCAACAGAAUGGCUGAAAAAGAAAAGAAGUCCAGACCUCAACCUAAUUGAAAUGCUGUGACGGGACCUUAAGAGAACUGUGCAUAAACGAAUGAGCUGAAGCAAUGUUGAAAAGCAGAGUGGACCAGAAAUCCUCCACAACAAGUGGAAAAUGAUUACUUCAAGUUGUUGCUGUUAAAGGUCUUUCUACAAGCUACUGAGUCGCAGUUUACCCCGUUUUUCCAUGGACUGCAUAGAGUCCUGUGAAAACUUCCUUUUUCACCUGACUGUGAAAAAGAACUCAGCUAGCAACCAGUUAGCGUCAUGCUGGAGGGAGCUGCCAGCCUGACUGUGUCUGAUGUAUAAACUGUAUAAAAGAAUGAGAUAGCUGCUGUAAUUUCAAUUAAGUGGAUUGUGGGCAGUGGCUGUGAAGCCUGUGGGCACCAUCGUCUUGGAUAUAUUGAUCACCUUGGAUUAGAGGAUGGAGCCGAAGAGGAAAGAUGGUCGAAUCUGACUGAAAAUCAAUCAUUACAGUAGCCAAGCUCUGCUUUAUUCUUUAUAAUAAACAAUGCAAGACCUAUAACAUGAAGCUAGUCAAGGAAACCAUACAUCUAUUAGAAAAAGGUUAACAGAGGUAAUAAAUUACCGUAAGCUAAAUUCUACAUCAGGUUCUUUUUGCCACCUGCUGGCCAUAUGAAAAAUGCAAGCCCAAGGGACAUCUUUCCCUAAAUUAGCCCCACCUUUCAUAAACAUGGGCUAUACCUGCUACUUUAUUUACAGUUUUUUUGUUGUUUUUGUAGCCUUGAGCACUAACUUGUAGGCGUCUGAUUGCCUAGCAACAGCUGUAAUGAGAAACAGCUGGAAUAAAUCGGUUAAUUUUUUUGUGCUUAACCUUUUAAAUCUUGUCUUAUAUUCUAAGAAUAACACGAUUAAGCAUGGAGGAAGAAAACAACAACAACAACACCAGGCUCACCUUCUCAGUCACAUUUCCAGACAUGAGCAGCAGUUUUGGUUGCAUCUGCCCAUCAGAUUUCCCAUUUCUGUUUACCUGUCCCUCCGCUGAUCUCUCUCUGUGGUGCGUUGACCUUGGUUUAUUGCUUACCUU